UUUUUCUUAUCUUGAAGCGACGCGCUCUCUUCUCCAUUUCUGCUGCCAUAUACUUCAUUCAAUUCAGCGGGAUUAAUUCAAGAAAAGUCACUUAUUGUAUUUGUUUGUUUUGUGGCGUGAGCGGAGACUUUGAGGAAGAAAUACUCGACAAUAGAAGAUGAAGUUGCAGUGGCUUUGGACAUGUCUCCUGCUCUUUUCUGUACUUGUGGUAACAUGGGCCCAGGAGGAUGAGCUGGAGGAUGAUGAAGAGGCACAUGUGGAGGAUGGAGAGGUGGGCUCUGAGGCAGACAGCAGUGAAGUACAAGCUGAUGCUAAAGUCUCUUUUCAGGUCACAUAUAAGACCCCUGUACCCACUGGUGAGGUUUUCUUUUCCGAAACCUUUGAUGAUGGAUCUCUCAGCAGAUGGAUAAAGUCCAAAACAAUGAAAGAUGAUGCAGAUGAGGAUAUUGCUAAAUAUGAUGGCAAAUGGGAGGCGGAAUCUCUGAAGGAGAACAAAGUGCCUGGCGACCUGGGUUUGGUGCUGAAGUCUCGAGCAAAACAUCACGCCAUCGCAUCUCCUCUCAACAAACCAUUCAUCUUCAAGAACAAACCACUCGUGGUGCAGUAUGAAGUCAAUUUUCAAGAUGGUAUUGACUGUGGCGGUGCCUACAUUAAAUUACUCUCUGACUCCCCCGACCUGGACUUGGAGCAGUUUCAUGACCGUACACCAUACACCAUCAUGUUUGGGCCCGAUAAGUGUGGAGAAGACUACAAACUGCACUUCAUCUUUAGGCAUAAAAACCCUCUGAAUGGAGAUUUUGAGGAGAAACAUGCCAAGAGGCCCGACACAGACCUCAGAAAGGUGUACUCGGACAAGAAAACACACCUCUACACCCUGGUUCUGAACCCAGAUAAUACAUACGAGAUAUUUAUCGACCAAUCCAGUAUUGGCAAAGGAAGCUUGCUGACUGAUGUGGUUCCACCUGUAAACCCACUUAAAGAGAUUGAUGAUCCCAAUGACUCUAAACCAAGUGACUGGGAUGAGAGAGCUAAGAUUCCUGACCCAGAAGCAGUCAAGCCUGAUGACUGGGAUGAGGAUGCUCCUGCAACAGUGCCAGAUCCGGAUGCAGUGAAACCUGAGGGCUGGCUGGACGAUGAGCCUGAGUUUAUCCCAGAUUCUACAGCUGAGAAACCGGAAGACUGGGAUGAGGAGAUGGAUGGUGAAUGGGAAGCUCCUCAGGUUCCUAACCCUGCAUGUGAAACUGCUCCUGGCUGUGGCGAGUGGAAACCUCCCACAAUCAAUAACCCCAUGUACAAGGGUAAAUGGAAGGCUCCGCUAAUAGACAACCCUAACUACCAGGGUGUGUGGAGUGCACAGAAGAUCCCAAAUCCAGACUACUUUGAAGAUCUGGAACCGUUUAAGAUGACCCCGGUCCGGGCUGUGGGACUGGAGCUGUGGUCCAUGACAUCCGACAUCUACUUUGAUAACUUCAUCAUUAGUGCAGAUAAAGAGGUGGCAGACCGCUGGGCUGCAGAUAGCUGGGGGCUCAAAAAACUGGUGGCUAGUGCAAAUGAGCCGGGGGUGUUUAGUCAGCUGGCUUUGGCAGCGGAGGAGAGGCCGUGGCUGUGGAUAGUCUAUAUUCUGACGGUUGGCCUGCCGGUUGGCCUGGCUGUUCUUUUUUGCUGGCCAAAGAAGUCUGAGGAUGAUUAUGUCUAUAAGAAAAUUGAUCCACCCAAAAGGGAAGAGGUAGAAGAAGAAGAAGAAGAAGAAGAAGAGGAGGAGGAGGAGGAUGAAGAGGGAGAAGAGGAAGAGCAGGAGAAAGAAAAGCAAGAGGACACGGCUGAAGCAGAGGAAGCUGCCGAACAAACUGCAGACACUGCAGGCAGAUCCGAAGUAGAAGCUGAAGAAGCUGAAGAAGCUGAAGGAGAAGCUCCAGAUGAGGAGGAAGAGGAAACUAGUAAAUCGAAUGACAUUCCUUCAGAUGAUGAGAUGAAGGACGCUGAUGAGGGAUUUGACAGCACUGUAGAUGGACAGAAACAGGCUGUGAGAAAAAGAAGAGUACGGAAGGACUGAAGGGCCUGUUUCCUAUCCUGUCUACCUGUUCCCUUUUUCUCUUCCUCCUUUUCUCACCCUCUCUGCCUCUUUAAAUGCUGCAUGCCCCUGGCUUUGUGACAACCACAGGCUCCACCAUUCCACCAGAGAUCCUUCUUCUCUUUCCUGUUAUCUUAGUCUUCCUCUUCACCUUAGUUUCUAUGGGUCACACUUUCAAUUUAGCCAUACCUGUAAAAACUCUGCUGUAUUUCCUCAUCGGGGGAUUGAAUAAGUAGCAUUGAAACCAGAUUUUACGUCUGACUGCGCACAUACUGAUAUGAAGGGUAAGAAAAAAAAGGAUGCAUUUGGAUGGAAAUCGUUUCAAACCCGACAUUAAGUUUGUGAUUAUUUCAAAAAGUGUUCUUUAACUUAUUUACAAAGAUUUAGCACCAGUGUUGUGUGUUUAAGUUAUGCAGUUUUUAGCUAUAUUGUUUAAAAGAAAGUGCACUGAACAUAUUUAUUAUUUGUAUGUUGUUUUAGAAAAAGAUGUAGGUCUUAAUCUUGUUUUCUGUAGUACUCACUCACAAUUAGAUUACAGUUAGGAAGAGUUUGACUUGAGAAUCGGAAUCUGUUUCUACACAAUCUGUCGACACUAUAUGGCUCGGCAAACUGAAGCUAUUUUAAACACUGAUGAUAAUGGAUAUUAUUCUCUUCAAACUUUCAUUUAGAGCUCGUUAUUCUACACAAGUCCGAUGAGGUACACAAGAAAAUGCAAGCAAAGCUGAUGUGAGCAACUAAAAUGUAAUUUCAGAUUCCUGUGUUAAUUACGUGUGGACCAAAAGAAUUUAGUCAAUCAGCGUUAAUGUUUAUUGCAAUAGUUUGACCAAAAAUGAAAUGUACAUAAUUUUCCCUUUAGCAUUGACUGCACCAAUGCACCAUUUUGGUAGCCAUUAUUACCCAGAGCUAAAAGAGUGUUAUGCUUUCUGUUGAUAUUAGCACAAAAAACUCUUUCCAUAUAGGGAAAAACCCACUAAGUGUGAAAGCACCUUAAAAAGGUAACCAGUCUUCACUGACAGAUGGUGCUUGGGAUAAGGGGAACAUGGAGACAUUUCAUUUUUGGAGCUAUUUCUUCGAGAUAAGCUGAGACUAUAGCCAUCGGCACACAGAACAAUACACUGUGAGCCUUCAUCUCUCACACAGGAUACUUUCAACUCUACAGAAAAUGACAAGCGAUGCUACUAUCUUUUGUUCUGUUUUUGGUUUGUCACAUAAGAAAUGCUUUUAAGGUUUGUUGGUUUGUAACACUGCAGUUGGAAAUAAACAUUUACUACAAACCA